CUUCCACUACACCCACCCACCACAUCACAUCCAACAUGGUCGCUUCGCAGGAGAACGGCGCACGCAAGGCGCUGCCGCAGGGCCACUUCCUCUUCACCUCCGAGUCCGUCGGUGAGGGCCACCCCGACAAGAUCUGCGACCAGGUCUCGGACGCCAUCCUCGACGCAUGCCUCGAGCAGGACCCCUACUCCAAGGUCGCCUGCGAGACGGCCACCAAGACGGGCAUGAUCAUGGUCUUCGGCGAGAUCACGACCAAGGCGCACAUCGACUACCAGAAGGUGAUUCGCAACAAGAUCCGCGACAUUGGCUACGACCACUCGGACAAGGGCUUCGACUACAAGACGUGCAACGUGCUCGUCGCCAUCGAGCAGCAGUCGCCCGACAUUGCUCAGGGUCUCGACCACGGCAACCUCGAGGCGCACGGUGCCGGUGACCAGGGCAUCAUGUUCGGCUACGCCACGGACGAGACGCCCGAGCUCAUGCCGCUGAGCCUGAUGCUCUCGCACAAGCUCAACAGUGCCAUGAGCGCCGCGCGCCGCGACGGCUCGUGCGGCUGGCUGCGCCCCGACAGCAAGACGCAGUGCACCGUGCAGUACCGCAAGGACGGCGGCGCCAUGGUGCCCGUGCGCGUCGACACGAUCGUCAUCAGCACGCAGCACGCCGAGGAGAUCAGCACGGCCGACCUGCGCACGGAGAUCAUGGAGAAGAUCAUCAAGAAGGUCAUCCCCGCCGACAUGCUCGACGACCAGACCAUCUACCACAUUCAGCCCUCGGGCCGCUUCGUCAUCGGUGGCCCGCAGGGCGACGCCGGUGUCACGGGCCGCAAGAUCAUCGUCGACACGUACGGCGGCUGGGGCGCCCACGGCGGCGGUGCCUUCUCGGGCAAGGACUUCAGCAAGGUCGACCGCUCGGCCGCUUACGCUGCGCGCUGGUGCGCCAAGAGCCUGGUCGCUGCCGGCCUUGCCCGCCGCGUGCUCGUGCAGUUCUCGUACGCCAUCGGUGUCGCUGAGCCGCUCUCCGUGUUCGUCGACUCGUACGGCACGAGCUCGAAGAGCGACGAGGAGCUGGUGCAGAUAAUCCGGAACAACUUCAACCUGAAGCCCGGAUACCUGAUCCGCGACCUCAAGCUGCAGCAGCCCAUCUUCGCCAAGACGGCUGCCGGUGGUCACUUCGGCCGCUCCGAGUUCACCUGGGAGCAGCCGAAGCAGCUCAACCUCUAAGAGGUUGCCGCCUGCCAGCCCACCGCAUACCUUUCGCUUCUCCGCCUCUCUCUUUGCAUUCUCCACUCAACUUGCUCUCGUCUUGCAUCCAUCCCCACACACACACACUUGGUCGCUCCUCACAGGCCUGCUGCCCGCUCUCACACUCAUCUGUAACCCUAUUUCCACAACAUAGCUUCACCUGACAGCCGCCGCCGUGCCUGCGUGCCGGGGGCGCUAGAAAUAACACACGUCAACCGUG